UGGCUAAGAUCUAAAAGGAGGGGCCUGAGAAAGGAAGGAAGGAAGCAGCUCUGCCCAGACUCCUUCCCCCAGCACGCCUAAGGACAGGAGAGAAGCCAGGCUCAGUUUUCCCUACUUUUUGCUGUUGUCUGGGAAGUCUAUCUUCCAGCACCUACUGCCCUCUGUGGCUGACUUCUCUCUCCUCUCUCCCUCCCCCAGGCUAACAGGCCAACAGGGACCGAUGGGGAAGGAGGCUGAGUGGCUGUGCUGUGGGCAUGCCUGCGCCUUUCCCUUCCCCCUUCCCUUAGCAGCAACGUCACCGCAGCACCAGCAGCCGCGGCAGCAGCAAGGAGACCAGCUGGGAUUGCGCAGCCUCCCUGCAUUAGCUAGGAUGCCAUUGUAUUAGCAGAAAUCAGAUCUUAGGAAACCAGCCUGGUUCUCCCUGUGCCGUCCCGUCCCAUGGAACAGCUUCAGCCGGGAUUGUCAAGGUGCCAAGCUCUCCUGAUGAAAUGUGUUCUGCCCCACUGGGCUCUGAGGGCAUUGUCUGGUGCUGUUGAUGCCCUUGUUCAAACUUUACAGAAUGGAUAGUCCCCCGAAGCUGACUGGAGAGACCCUCAUCGUCCACCAUAUUCCCCUAGUGCACUGUCAAGUCCCAGACAGGCAGUGCUGUGGAGGGGCAGGUGGAGGUAGUGGGAGCACAAGACCCAAUCCCUUCUGCCCACCCGAGCUGGGCCUCACCCAGCCUGAUCAAGACCUGGGACAAGCCGACUCCCUGCUCUACAACAGUCUGCACUCUGCUCCAGGGCCGUCUACACGGUCUUCAGAUAGCAACAAGAGUAGGGGUCGGGAUGGAAGAGGUCCCGGAGCCCCCAAACGUCACAAUCCCUUCUUGAUGCAGGAAAGUGUGGGUGAGACAGGGCUUGGUGACCUGUAUGAUGACAGCGUUGGUGACAGUGCCACCCAGCAGUCCUUCCACCUGCAUGGCACUGGCCAGCCCACCUUCCAUCUGUCUUCUUUCCAGCUGCCACCAUCUGGGCCUGGAGUGGGUAGGCCAUGGGGGGCAACACGUAGCCGGCCCGGCGUGGUGGAGGGGCAGGAACAGGAGCCAGUGACAGCCUUGCAUACCCAGCAGGGUAGCACUAGCCACUGUGGCCGGCCAGAGCUGGAAGCUGAGACCAUGGAGCUGGAUGAAUGUGGGGGACCCGGGGGGAGUGGCAGCGGAGGGGGAGCCAGCGAUACCUCUGGCUUUUCCUUUGACCAAGAAUGGAAGCUCAGUUCAGACGACUCCCCAAGAAACCCUGGACGCUCUGGCCCGGGCGUUCAGCACUGCCGCUGCAGUAGCACAUCCAGUCAGUCAGAGGCAGCAGACCAGUCCAUGGGCUAUGUCAGUGACUCUUCCUGCAACAGUUCAGAUGGUGUGCUCGUCACCUUCAGCACCCUCUACAACAAGAUGCAUGGCAGCUCCCGUGCCAACCUCAACUCUGUCCCUCAGUCCUGCAGUGACUCCUCCUUCUGCAGCCACUCAGACCCUGGAGCCUUUUACCUGGACCUGCAGCCCUCCCCAGCUGAGUCGAAGAUGUCUUGUGAGUCUCACCACCCUGAGAGUGGAGACAGGGAAGGAAGCUACAGUUGUCCUCAUGCCUUGUCUCCUGAGCUCGAUGCCAACUGCAACUCCUACCGCCCACACUGUGAGCCCUGCCCAGCUGUGGCUGACCUCACAGCCUGCUUCCAGAGCCAGGCCCGUCUUGUGGUAGCCACACAAAAUUACUAUAAACUUGUCACCUGUGACCUGUCCUCUCAAUCAUCCCCAAGCCCUGCUGGCUCUUCCAUCACUAGCUGCUCUGAAGAACACACCAAGAUAAGUCCUCCACCAGGCCCUGGCCCAGACCCAGAUGCUAGCCAGCCCUCUGAGUAUUACCUCUUCCAGAAGCCAGAAGUCCAGCCAGAGGAACAAGAAGCAGUGGCUUCCCCAACAGCAGCAGCAGCUACCAUGGGCCCCACAGUUCUUGAAGGGCAAGUGUACACAAAUACUUCACCCCCUAACCUCAGCACCGGCCGGCAGCGCUCUCGCAGUUACGAUCGUAGCCUGGAGCGCAGCCCUCCUGUCCGCCUGGGCUCACUGGAGCGCAUGCUGAGUUGCCCAGUACGCUUAAGUGAGGGCCCUACAGCCCUGGCUGGAUCUGGUUCCUCACCCAAGAGGGUUACCUCCUUUGCUGAGCUGGCCAAAGGCCGGAAGAAAGCCACAGGCUCUGGCUCCCCACCACUUCGGGUGAGCGCUGGGGAUUCUUCCCAGGAGUUCUCACCCAUCCAGGAAGCCCAACAAGACAGGGCAGGCCCACUUGACAAGGGCACUCGCUGUAGCCAUAGCCUGCCAUCCAUGCCCUUGGGACCAAGCCUGGACCUACUUGGUCUAGAACCCUGGUCGACCCAGGUCUGUCAGGGCUCCCAGUCCAGUGAGAUGCCACCUGCUGGCCUCAGAGCUGCUGGGCAAGGCCCCCUGACCCAGCUGAUUGAUCCAGGGCCUGCUCUCCCAGGGAACCCAGCCAACAGCCAUACCCAGAGGGAUGCAAGAGCUAGAGCUGACGGGGGUGGCACUGAGAGCCGACCAGUCCUUCGCUACAGUAAGGAGCAGAGGCCAACCACGUUACCCAUCCAGCCCUUCGUGUUCCAGCACCACUUCCCCAAGCAGUUGGCCAAGGCCCGGGCCCUCCACAGCCUUUCCCAGCUCUAUAGCCUUUCGGGCUGCAGUCGUGCCCAGCAGCCUGCCCCACUGGCUCUCUCUACUGCUCAAGGCCCAGUCCCAGCUCCCUCAGGGGAGCCACAGGCAUUCACAUCCCAAACCACUAGCAGGAGUGCCAGAAAAGCUGGGCCUGAGCCAGAGACCUCACGGCCAUCGCCUCUGGGAAGCUACUCUCCCGUCCGAAGUGCCGGCCCUUUUGGGCCCAGCACUGACUCUUCUGCCUCUACUUCCUGCUCCCCUCCUCCAGAGCAGGCCACAGCAGCAGAAAGUCUACCCCCAUGGAGUCUCUCCUGUCCUCCCACUGUGGGGCCUGCCACCUCCCAGCAACUACAGAAGGAGGAUCAGAAGAUACUGACCUUAGCUGAGUACCGGCUCCAUGGCACAGGCUUGCCACCUCUGGGCUCCUGGAGAUCUGGCUUUACCCGGGCAGAGAGCCUGGCUCGAGGAGGUGGUGAGGGCAGCAUGACCUCCAGGCCCAACAAUGCCAACCAUUUGUCCCCUCAAGCCCUCAAGUGGCGAGAAUACCGAAGGAAGAAUCCAUUAGGGCCAUCUGGUUUGUCAGGGAGCCUAGACCGAAGGCCACAGGAAGCUCGGCUGGCCCGUAGGAACCCCAUCUUUGAGUUCCCCGGUUCCUUCAGUGCUGCCAGCCAUCUGAACUGCCGACUGAAUGGUCAUGCUGUAAAGCCAUUACCACUGACCUGCCCUGACCUCCAGGACCCCUUUUCCUUAACUGAGAAGCCUCCAGCAGAGUUUUGUUUAUCUCCAGAUGGCAACUCAGAGGCCAUUUCCAUCGAUGUGCUUCAGAAAAAAGGACUGAUAAAAGCUGUCAACACUGCUGUGGACCUUAUUGUGGCCCAUUUUGGCACAAGCCGAGAUCCUGGUGUUAAGGCGAAGCUGGGAAACAGCUCUGUGAGUCCCAACAUAGGCCACCUGGUUCUGAAGUACUUGUGCCCUGCAGUCCAAGCCGUGUUGGAGGAUGGGCUCAAAGCAUUUGUACUAGACGUCAUCAUCGGGCAACGUAAAAACAUGCCUUGGAGUGUGGUUGAGGCUUCCACACAGCUAGGCCCAUCCACCAAGGUCCUGCAUGGUCUGUACAACAAAGUCAGCCAGUUCCCAGAGCUCACCGGUUAUACUAUGCGCUUCAAUGCCUUCAUCCUCGGCCUGCUCAACAUCCGGUCCUUGGAGUUCUGGUUUAACCACCUCUAUAACCAUGAAGAUAUCAUCCAGACGCACUACCAGCCCUGGGGCUUCCUGAGUGCCGCGCACACCGUGUGUCCCGGCCUCUUUGAAGAGCUGCUGCUUUUGCUACAGCCCUUAGCCCUGCUGCCCUUCAACCUCGACUUGCUCUUCCAGCACCGGCUGCUGCAAAGUGGGCAACAGCAGCGGCAACACAAGGAACUGCUGCGUGUGUCCCAGGACCUACUUCUAUCUGCACACUCAACAUUGCAGUUGACUAGGGCCGGGGGCCAGGAGGGCCCCGGAGAUGUGGACAGGAUGGCCCCUGGGGAGCGGGUAAAGGGUGUGGGUGCCUCAGAAGGUGGAGAAGAGGAAGAGGAAGAGACAGAAGAGGUGGCAGUAGUCAGGGGGAGCACAGAGCAUAGCAGGUGGGUCCGAGGUGGCCAGGGUGGCUGGUGGUACCAGCUCAUGCAGAGCUCCCAGGUCUACAUCGAUGGCUCUAGUGAGGGCUCUAGAUUUCCUCGAGGUAGCAUCAACAGCAGCAGUGGCAGUGAGAAAAAGAGAGGGGUAGGAAGUGGGGGGCCUCCCCAGGUCCCACCCCCACGGGAAGGAGUAGUGGAGGGGGCUGAGGCCUGCCCUGCCCCUGAGGAGGCCCUUGGCCAAGAAAGGGGCUGGCCUUUCUGGAUGGGGAGCCCCCCAGACUCUGUGCUGGCUGAGCUGAGGCGUAGUCGAGAAAGGGAAGGGCCCACUGUCCUGCCAGCAGAAAAUGAGGAAGGGACUCCAGAGCCUUCACCUGGGGGCAUCAAGUGGGGACACCUCUUUGGUUCCCGAAAAGCUCAGCGGGAAGCCCGGCCCACAAACAGACUGCCCUCAGACUGGCUAAGUCUGGACAAGUCUAUGUUCCAGCUAGUGGCACAGACGAUGGGGGCCCGCCGGGAGCUGGAGCCCCGGGAGAACCUGCAAGAGCCACGCUCUCCAGCCCUGCCCUCCAAACCUCCAUGUGAGGUGCAGGCACUGUGCCACCAUCUGGCUACCGGCCCUGGACAGCUGAGCUUCCACAAGGGAGAUAUCCUGCGGGUGCUGGGGCCAGCUGGUGGGGACUGGCUACGCUGCAGCCGUGGCCCUGACACCGGCUUGGUACCUCUGGCCUAUGUGACAUUGACCCCAACUCCAAGUUCACCUCCUGGAAACAGCCAAAACUGAGGCCUUGUGCAUGCUGGUGGCCUCAGGGACCCUCAUAACCCCUAAGACUCAGAGCCUGAGAGUCCUUCCCAAGCCCUCAGGCUUGGCUACAAAAAGCAGACUGAGAGAUAGGGGCCACAUAUUCCUGUGCUGGCACCUGCUCCCUGUGCUCAGUAUUAAUUACUCCCCCUUAACUGUCCCAGCGGCUUUGUCCAGACCUCCACCCAGGAAAGGAGGGAAGGGACACAGCACUGGGCUGUCAGGAUUUUCCCCAGCCCAUCUGGGCCAACACAUUCAUGUGUGGAGACAAGUCCCUAUGGAGGGAGGUGGCCCAUGAGGUCAUUUGUAGGUUCACUAGGCUCAGUGGUAAUAAGGAUGGGUAACAGUAUUGGGGCCAGAGCCCUAAACCCCCCUCACUGUAAAUAGGCUGUGACCAGUGCCUGGUCAUCAGAAUAGGGAGGAGCCCAGGCCUCUGUUUAUGUAUUUAUUUAUUUAUUUAUUUAUUUAUUACACCUAUUAAUAAAAAAGGUGCUCAGCCUCCAAA